AUGUUGACUUGUCAUUUUCUUUUGUCAUUGCGCAAUUCAUUGCGCUUCUUUUCUUUUUUUUGUUUUUAUUUUUAUUUGUUGUCAACGUUGCGCUUUUUUGUCCACUCUUCUUGUUGCGCGACAAUAUUAUCCUCUCCUCUUCUUCUCCCUUUUAUUUAAAAUUAAGCCUUAUUAUUUUUCCCCUAAUUUUCUUUUUUUUUAUUUUCUUGUUUUUUUUUUGUCCACUCAACUGGUCAGCGAAAUAAUUAGAAAAAUAAAUAAAUUAAUGUUGAUUUACCUACAUU